AGUUUGACAUUUGCUUAUUUGGCACGACGGGGAAACAAUUAAAAUUGCCGAUUUGCAACUUAGUUGCCGUUCAACUAUACAAAUAAACACGGUUUUGCUUCUGUGAUAAAGUUAUCAAUUAAAAUUUAUUCAAAAUGUACAAAUUGAUGACGCAGCAAUUGCGUCACUUCUCAAGGACAACUCCAAGACAAAUAACCCCAACGGCAGCCGCUUGGACAACGAAGCAAAGCUCAGAGCAAAAAAUCUAUGUCUCAAAGGCCUUGGAAGGCUGGGAUGAAAAAUUACGUUCAAACGGAGUGGGGGAUAUCGAUUUUAAUUUGAAAUGUAUCGUGGCCAAGGUGUUGCAGAGAAAAUUUAAUACAUUGAAGACAUAUCAUGAUGUGCAAUUCAACCAAGACCAAUUGCAGGAGUUUGAACGUUUGUGUGAGGCACGAUGUGCACGCAUGCCUCUACAGCAUAUUGUGGGAGAAUGGGAUUUCAUGGACAUUACCUUGAAAACAUCGCCUACAGUAUUCAUACCCAGACCAGAGACUGAAGAAUUCGUAUCGAAAGUGAUUAAUAUCUAUCGCAACUAUAAGGAGCCAUUGGAUAUGUUGGAAGUGGGAUGUGGAUCUGGAGCCAUGUCGCUGGCCAUACUGCAUGCUUUGCCCAACAUUAAGAGUACUGCUGUAGAACGCAGCAAGGCUGCCACUGCUUUGGCUUGGGAGAAUGCCAAAAUGUUGAAUUUGCAAGACCGUUUUGUGGUGUACAAUCAUACAACGGCCGAAAAUGAUUAUUUGCCCAAAGAGUUGGAAGGACGAAAAUUCGAUCUUAUCAUUUCUAAUCCGCCUUAUGUGAAGUCGGAAGAGUUUCCUUUGUUACAGCCGGAAGUGAAGUUGUAUGAGAACUUAAAUGCCUUAGAUGGUGGCCCAGAUGGCCUGCGCAUCGCCCGUUUAGUAUUUGAUUGCGCUUGUAUACACUUAAAGCCUGGCGGCAAAAUGUGGCUAGAACUAGGCAAUGAUCAUCCUCCCCUAGUACAAACUAUUAUAGAUUUACAAUAUGAAGGAAGACUACGAUUCAUAUCUGGCUAUGAAGACCAAUAUAAACGCAAUCGAUUUGUGGAAAUAGAGAAGGUCUAAGAAAUGGGAUUUAAGGCUUUAAUUAAAUGACAUAGUAGAAAUGUUGCUAGCAUUAAGAUAGCCCGGCAUGUGAUAGUAUUUAUUAAAUCUUGUGAAACAGCAUUCAGGAAAGUACAAAGAAAAAAUAUGAACUUGUAUUUGUUUGUCCACUAAUGUUGACAUUUGAAAAUAAGUAUUACAUAGUUAUGUUAUUAGCAUUUAAUGCUUUUUAAAUAAAGAAUCUAAAUCUAGUCAGAUACUCAAAAUGACGAAUGGAUUUUAAACAGAAUUAAA